AGCAGCAGAAUAAUCUCACCUGUCAUGCCUGGGCAGAUCUCUGCAUUAGCUGUACUCUUCCUGUCCCUGGCUGUAAUUUUACAUGGUUACCAAAUGAGAAAAAAAGAAUUUCCAAAAGCCAGAGGCUAUCUUCAAUAUACUCCAACAACAACAGAACAGACCACAACAAAACCUCCAUUACAACUGAUUAACCCAAGAUCUCAUGUAACUUUAGCACCAAGACUCAAGGAUGGUUACGUUCAAAUGGCUGCUGAAACUUCUACCUUUGAAAACACAGCCCACAUAACAAUGAACUUAGCAACCCCAGUAACUACAAAGAGCCUUCCACCCAUCAGCUCAAGUAGCUACACCUUUGUCAGAUCUAAUAACUCACACAUGACCGCUUCAUCUACUGAAGAUGCCACUGGUUCUGGCUCAAUUGCACAUUUACCAAUUCCUACAAUCAGAGCUAGUCUAGCCACUGUCAACUACAUACCUGGGAGAAGACCUACACAACUUGGUGGUCAGAUUACCCUUCCCAAAUCAUUUUUCACAGUGUCACACAAAAGCACAACCAAUCAGAGGCCAACUCUCUCUACUGAUGUCUCAGGAACAUCAGCACUUACACAUAAGGACAGAUCAACAACCUCACCUGUCCCCUUAGUUCCUAGGCCCACUCUUGUAACUCGAUUAUCACCAGCCAAGAUUGGAACUUAUGAAGUCCUAAAUGGAAGCAGGCUCUGUAUAAAAGCAGAGAUGGGAAUAGCACUGAUUGUUCAAGAAAAGGAUUUGGAUUCUGCAACCCAGAGACACUUCAACAUUGACCCCAGCCUAACCCAUGCCUCUGGGAAAUGUGGCUCCCAAAAAUCCAACCUCUUCUUGAAUUUCCAGGGUGGAUCUGUUAAUGUCACAUUUACCAAGGAAGAAAACUUAUAUUAUAUUAGUGAAGUUGGAGCAUAUUUGACCAUCUCAAAUACAGAGAAGACUUACCAGGGAAAGAAGAAUACUAUGAUGAUGUUUGAGACAGUAGUUGGGCAUUCUUUCAAGUGUGUCAGUGAGCAGAGCAUCCAGCUGUCAGCUCAGCUUCAAAUGAAUACAAUGAAUAUCCACCUUCAGGCCUUUGAGUUUGAAGGAGACUCCUUUGGAAAUGUGGACGAAUGUUUGUCUGACUACACAGUUGUGCUUCCUGUGGUUGGGGUCAUCGUGGUCAUCCUCUGUGUUGUGGGCCUGGGUGUCUACAAAAUCCAUCAAAGGUGUCAGUCAUCUGCAUACCAGAGAAUCUAA